AUCACAGGCAGAUGAAGGAAAAUAAUGCCGCAUACUUCCAUCACCAUCGGCUCCCAUCAAUCCAAGACAGAAAGCACGGAGCAAUUGGUGUAGCACUAUUCUCUAGCAUAGACCUGAUUUAUAUGGGCUGGGCUACUUCAACAAAGCCCGUCGUAAAAAUAAAAAUCGUCUUGCCCACACUCUCCACCGUUUCUCGGAUCUUCCUCCGUUCUCGCUCACCGGCGGAACAUUCGUUCUCUGUGCAUCUCUCUGAAGUAAUACCUAUUGUUUCGAUCUGAGUUGUUGGAUCUCUAGAAUUUGGACUGCUUCCUUGAUCGAGUUGCAUGCACAUUCACUCCAAGAUAAGCUAUAGUUACUGGUCGACAAAAUGUCUUCAGCACAAGAUCCAUUUUACAUUGUGAAAGAGGAAAUUCAAGAAUCUAUUGAUAAGCUGCUAUCUACUUUUCACCAAUGGGAACGGGCUUCUUCUGAUCCUGAAGACCAAAUGCAUCUCAUGAAGGAGCUAGUUGCCAGUUGUGAAAGCAUUGAAUGGCAGGUAGAUGAGCUAGACAAAGCAAUUGCCGUAGCAGCUAGAGAUCCUGCUUGGUAUGGGAUUGAUGAAGCAGAGCUUGAAAAACGAAGAAGAUGGACUAGCACUUCUCGUGUUCAGGUGGGCAAUGUGAAGAAAACAGUUGCAGCUGGAGAAGAUGGGAACAGUAAUGGGACUAGUGGCAUAAGUGGAAUGCACAGAGAGUUGAUGAGGCUGCAAAAUUCUCAUCAGGAAAAUAUAUCCAACCCAUAUGCUAAAGAUAAUGAUAAUUUCAUACAAUCAGAAUCAGAUAGACAAUUACUUCUUAUAAGGCAACAGGAUGAGGAGUUGGAUGAGCUUAGUGCAAGUGUGGGGCGAAUUGGAGGCGUUGGACUGACUAUACAUGAAGAACUCCUUGCACAGGAAAAGAUUAUUGGUGAUUUGGGUAUGGAAAUGGACAGCACAUCAAAUCGCCUCAAUUUUGUUCAGAAAAAAGUGGAGGUGGUAAUGAAGAAAACCGGUGCAAAGGGGCAGAUUAUGAUAAUUAUAUUUUUGAUAGUUUUGUUUAUUAUUUUAUUUGUUCUGGUGUUUCUUACUUAAAAAACUGUAAAUCAAACCGGUGGAAAGCCUGCGAUGCCUGCAAGAGAGCAAAAGCAUGCAAUGAGGAAAGCAAAAGCGUGAUCUAAUCAAGUCAAGCCUACAAAUGCUAUUAAGGUUAGCUUCAAGCUCUUGAAGGUUUUAGUAGCUUGUAAAGUUGACCGACAUUUCAUAUGUAAUUACUUUUUUGAGGUAUAAAUAUCAUGCGUGGUUUUGUUUCUUUCCA